UUGUACAGCAGGGGGCGACAGCGCGCGCCGCAGCAUCAGCGACACCGAUCAGAAACAAAGAAGAAGACUUUGUCCUGCAGCAGCAGCAAGGAUAGUUGUGAAACACGAUGAUGGAUCUAUGUGUGGAUUAAUGGACGUGAGCGGCGUUUUCUGCUCGUAUCGGUACAGUAGAAGUCAUCGAUGAACUCCGGCGUGUUGUAGUGAAUUCUGAAGAGAAUCUGAUCGUUCCAGCCUGAAGAAAUGAGCUCGGCUAGACAGGAAGGAAAAGACAAAAUUAUCUUUGUCACCAAAGAAGAUCAUGAAGCUCCCAGCAAUGCUGAGCUGGUAGAAGAAGAUCCCAACGACCCGUAUGAGGAGCAAGGUCUCAUCCUCCCUAGCGGUGAGAUCAACUGGAACUGCCCCUGUCUGGGCGGGAUGGCCAGCGGUCCCUGCGGGACGGAGUUCAAGGAUGCCUUCUCCUGCUUCCACUACAGCAAGGAGGAAAUCAAAGGCUCGGACUGCAUGGAGCAGUUCACAGCCAUGCAGCAGUGCCUGCAGCUCUACCCCGAGCUGUACCCUCAAGAAGACGAAGCAGCAUCCAAACAAAGCUCCAAAGACUCUGCUGCUGCUGAGGAGGACGAAGGGCCUUCGGGUUUAAACUCAACACCUGCCCUCGAGCAGGACUCUGAUACCUCAAACCCCAACACAGACGGCUCAGCUGGGAGCUAAUAGAUCCAGUAUGUGUGUGUAUGUAUGUGAGCCUCUAAGCUCAAUGUCCACCUUCCAGUUCAUACUGUAUGGAUCAAAAGUUUUUCUUUUUUAAAGUUAUUUACUCAUACAGACUGAAAUCACUGACAUAAUUACAGCAUCCUGACUUAUUUGGUUGGAUUAAAAAGAAAUAAUUAAAGCAAGCUUGAAAAUAAAGCCAAAAAUCUCUGUGAAAAGAGUCAUUGAAUGAAAUUCAAUUUAGGUUAAAGUUAGAUGUACUUUUCCCGGCUCUUCCUGGAACUUCCAACCAGGUUGUGUUGGAGAAACUUCCAAUGAAAGUUCAAUCUCAAAGAAAUCGGUCCGUUUGUCAUUCAAAUCCGAAUCCUUAAAUGUUCACAGAGCAGGAAGGACAGAGCCGGAUAAACUAUCUGAGUCCACUGCUCAAGUAUUAAUCUGAAUCAGGUCAAAAACAGAUCAACAGACCNNNCACACACACAUUUGUUUUCCUCAGAGAUGCUGAUAACGUCAAAGACAAAAAUGGGUUCAAUAUCAUUUCUGUUACUUACUUCUGUAUUUCUGUUUCCAUGUUUGAUCUUUUUAAGUGUCCAGGUCAGUUUCUGUCCGUUACACUUGAAUUAAAGUUUAUUUUUUAUGAAUCUCACUUUCUGGAGCUGCACUUUUCCUGCAACAUCACUGAACUUCAAGUAUUUUCCUGAACUGCAUUUGACUGAAUCGUUUGAGAGUGAAAUAAAUAAUAAUCAUUUCUAAGAAAA